GUCUUUCAGCUGAAUCGGAGCGGCAGCGGCUGAUACCGGAGCAAUGCCUACACUCAGAGAAGUUUAUGAAGUUGGACUGGAUUUCAUCGAGUUCUUGGGAGAAAGAAAAUCAAAAACGAACAAGAACGAGCUACAAGACAUUUACAACUUCGAGUUCAAAAGGGAAGGAGGGCCCAAUUUUUCCAGGUUGGUUAACGCCUUGCAGUUCUUCAACCAAGCCAGUGUCAAACCGGGAAAAGUUAUCCUGCGUGCCCAGUCUCAGGUUCGUCUGUACUACUGUGACCAAUGGAGAUCCAGCACUCACUCAAGGCCCACUGCAGGUCGAUCAAGACCUGAUCAUGAAAACAGCACAGGUCCUGACUCUAGACCGGGGGCUGCAUCCUCAUCACCCAAUGUCAACCCUGUCCUUACUCCAAAGAAACGACUGGCUCAGGAUAUCCUUAAAAAGCUCAGGAAAAACAGACCACAGCUUAUCUCUGACAAGGGAGGCAUCGAGAUCACGUCUUCUCCACUGAGCAUAAACGGAAAAGUUGUGCUCAACAUUGAGCUUCUAGAUACAGUGUACGUAGUGAGGUUUCAGAUCGUAAAUAAUGGGCAAAAGUGCAUUCACUUCACCUUCUACACAGCACUGCACAGGAUACGUUGCUUCACUUUAGUCGAUGAGAGAAGAGUGAGCAGGGUUUCCCCUCUGCUUCUUUGUCCAGGUGAGAGCUAUGCGGUUGAAGUGAAGUACCAAGCUCACCACUAUGGCUACUUCCCAGCCACCAUGUACUUUGAGUUCUGCCCUGAGCCAGAGUCCUCGGACCCUCCCAAACCAUUCUGCAUUGUGAGGGAGAUUGAGGCUGUGGUGCACACUCAGCUCGGCAGCGAGCUGGGCCCAACGAGUCAGUAUAGACCCAGACAGAAAGGGCGAAACCGCCCCAAGGACCGAGUGGUGGAGGAGGGUGUGCCUCCUGAGAGUAGUCUGACAAAUGCUUUAAAACCAGCUAUGAAGCUAAAAGACUAUAAGUACUCAGCUUACCUGAAGAACUUGGUCAAGCAUUGGAAUGCUGAUAUUGAGAAACUUUCCCCCACAGUUCAGCAGCAGCUUCUCAGAGUGAGAGGUGUGUUGGAGUCGCCCCUGUGUAUAAAGCAGUACGCUGAACGUUUACAUCUUGUUCUACACCUAGAGGAGAUUCAAAUGGAGGAGGAUAUAAAGAAGUAUGAUAUGUACGGCCAGACCAUGAAAAAGGACAAAACUAACAAAAACCUGCUUGUGCUGCAGGUGCCUGGAGUGGCAGAGAACAGGCCAUCAGUGUUAAGAGGAGAUAGCUUGAAUGUGUACUUGUCAAAUAAUAAGACUCAACCUGUCACUAUGUAUAAGGGCUAUGUUCAUCGUGUAGAGCUGGAGAGCAUUAAACUGGGCUUUUCGAAGAAGCUUGUACAGAAGUUCAUUGUCAAUAUGAAAUUCAAUGUGGAGUUCAGCUUUAAUCGUUUGCCACUUAAACUUAAGCAUCGUGCCGUACAGCUGGCUGCUGACCGCAGGCUAGGAGAUGUAUUGUUUCCCACUCUCAAUGGAAUCAGGCAGGCGGGAUUGCCACAGCUAAGGAUUUACAAUCGAGAUUUGGAGUCCAACCCUGAGCAAAAGGCGGCUGUUCAACACAUUUUGUCUGGCCAGCAUAAACCUGCCCCAUACCUGAUCUUUGGCCCACCUGGCACAGGAAAAACUGUCACAAUGGUGGAGGCCAUAAAGCAGGUAAUUAAAUCUAGCCCUGGUGUCCAUCUUCUGGCCUGUGCCCCUUCCAAUAGUGCUUGUGAUCUGCUAUGUGAGAGGUUACUGGGAUUUGUGGAUUCCCAUCGUCUGUUUCGUCUCUAUGCCAGCAGUAGAGACUCUCGUACUGUGCCACAUAAACUACUGAAAUACAGCAACUGGGUUGAAAGUCAGGACAGUUUCGUAUCGCCCUCUAAGGAAACUUUGAUGGACUACACUGUCAUUGUGGUCACACUCAUCACUGCAGGAAGGCUUGUAUCUGGAGGCAUACCAGUGGGCCACUUCUCACACAUCUUCAUAGAUGAAGCUGGACAAGCUGUGGAACCUGAAUGUGUUGUUGGAAUUGCCGGUCUUCUUCAUCCUGAAAAGGGACAGCUGGUUUUGUCUGGAGACCCUAAACAGCUUGGCCCUGUCCUUAGAUCUCCACUGGCACAACAACAUGGACUUGGGGUUUCACUGUUGGAGAGGCUCAUGACUGACAGCCCCGUCUAUGAGAAGAAACAAGAUGGCCUCCAGGGUUAUGACAGUUGCUUUGUCACCAAGUUGCUACGUAACUACAGGUCUCACCCUGCCAUUCUAAAAAUCCCUAAUGAACUUUUCUAUGAAAAUGAGCUGCAAGUAUUUGCAAAUCAGAUACAGCGAGAGGCCUUCUGUCAGUGGGAGCACCUUCCAAAACAGGGCUUCCCGGUGAUUUUCCAUGGGGUGAUGGGAAAAGAUGAGAGAGAAGCAAACAGUCCAUCCUUUUUCAAUGUGAGCGAGAUAGAGGUUCUUGUCUCCUACCUCAAAAAACUCCUGCAAAGUCAGGGAAAGAAGGGGCUCCCCAAACUCAGUGCCACUGACAUUGGCAUCAUUGCACCCUACAGAAAGCAAGUGGAGAAAAUGCAGAAAGCUCUCAGAACUGUAAGAGAACUACAUCAGUGGAAAGACAUUAAGGUGGGCUCAGUGGAGGAGUUCCAGGGGCAGGAGAAAAUGGUGAUUAUGGUGUCUGCAGUCAGAAGCAGCAACAACUAUGUUAAGAUGGACCAAGAUUUUAACAUUGGUUUCCUCACAAAUGAGAAGAGGUUUAAUGUAGCCAUGACCCGAGCCAAAGCUCUGCUCAUUGUGGUAGGAAACCCUGUCAUCCUGGGCAAGAAUCCAAUCUGGCAGAGGUUUCUUCAGUACUGUGAACAGGAGCAUGGUUACACUGGCUUCGACUACAGGGAUUUUGAGGGAGAGGACGACAUGGUGACUCGGCUGGCAUCUUUAAAAAUCCAUACGCCCGAAGAUGAACUAGAAGAGAGUGCAGUGCAACAGCAUGUGCAUCCAGAGUGGAGGAGUGAACAGUAAAACUUCUCACACAUCAACCAUCAACCCCUGCACUCAGUGAGACACUGAAUGGUGGCUAUUGCAACAGGUCCCCAAACUGCUGUUAUGGCACUUUCAAAAGUUCAAACCAAUUAUAUAAUCAAUACUACCUUUACACUUUAAUGUGAAAUGGUUUUACAUUGUUUUUCUCUUAAAUUAUAUUUUUCCUAGUUCAAUUAAGUUGUCGUAAAUUGAAGAUUAUCAGUUUAUGUUCCAGAUCUAAACAUUAUUUCUUAAUUAUCAUCAAGCACUUCGCACAAAGUCAUGCCUACUGUAUGUGUUCCAUGAUUUCUUGUUUUCAGAAUGAAUUGUUAAUCUUUUAUAUAUCUUUUUAUA